AUGACAAUCGCCGAUUCAGUUUUUCCGAUGGAUAAUGUAGCGAGUUGCAUACAGCUUCCACCGGAGGAGGAAAACAGGAUCGUAUCGGAGUUGCUCAAGGAAUCGGAGCUUAAUUUGAAAGAAGACAACUUAUAUUACGUUAUUUCUAACAGAUGUAGUAGGAUGCUGAGGAUUGUCCAGAAAAGAGGUGUGAGUCAGAACAUAGCAGGAGCAAGGCUAGGGCGAGUGCAGCUUAUGGAAGGAUCAAACUCAGGCUUGGGUAGGAAGAAGGUGACGACAAAAGGAGAUGCAAUGCAACAUAGAAGAGAGGAGUGGGUUGGCCCUGAUGGCACAAUCAUGCUAUUGUGGUUUUCAAGAUGGCAGAGUUAUGUUGGGCCUUGUGUUGGUAUGCUUUCAAUUGACAAAGAAUCUUCUGAUGGUCAGCAUACUGACAUGACUCGCACAAAGAUUUCAGAUAAGCCUGGGCCUAUUGAUAAUUCUGAUAUUAUUUCAAAGGGAAACAACUUUGAUAGCAAUAGUUUAGAUAUUCAUCGAAUGUUGCAAGAGGGUGCAGAUUAUGUUCUAGUUCCUGAAAAAGUGUGGGAAAGGCUGUCGGAAUGGUACAAAGGUGGACCUGCAUUACCGAGGAAGUUAAUUUCUCAGGGUAUAGGACAUAAGCAAUACAGUGUUGAGGUUUACCCACUUAGUCUAAAGGUUACUGAUGCGAGAGAUAACAGCAUGUUGAUUGUAAAAUUAAGCAAAAAGGCAACCAUAGGUGAUCUGCGUGAGCUGGUGUGCAAAAUUAAAGGAGUGGAACAAAGCAAGGCCUAUAUUUGGGAUUAUUUCAAUUUGAGCAAACAUUCUUUGCUGACAGUCCCAGAGCAGACAUUGGAGGAUGCUAACUUGAUGAUGGACCAUGAUAUUCUUCUAGAAGUAUCACUUGAUAGAGAUCAUGCUUCUCAUUCUGGCAUGGAUUCAAUGGGAAAUGAGUUAGCUUUGGUACCAUUAGAACCUUCAAGGUCAUCUGUGUCAAUUGCUGGGGGACCUACCAUGUCAAAUGGUCACUCAACUGGAUCUAGUUUUAUAUUGUGUCCGGGAAGUUCUGUAAGUUCAUCGUCGACCAAUGUGGAUGAUAAACAUGAUGUCUAUAAAGGUGAAAGGGGUGGUUUGGCAGGAUUGCAGAACUUGGGGAACACCUGCUUCAUGAAUAGUUCUAUUCAAUGUUUAGUCCACACUCCACCACUUGUUGAAUAUUUCUUACAAGAUUACAGUGAUGAAAUCAACAUGGAAAAUCCUCUAGGAAUGCGUGGUGAGUUAGCACUUGCAUUUGGUGAUUUGUUGAGGAAACUGUGGUCUGCUGGGCGAACUGCUAUUCCACCCCGUUCAUUCAAGAGCAAAUUGGCCCGAUUUGCCCCACAAUUCAGUGGUUACAAUCAGCAUGACUCUCAGAAUCCUACCCUUGAGAGUCAUGAAUUGCUUGCCUUUUUAUUGGAUGGUCUACAUGAAGAUUUAAAUCGUGUGAAACAAAAGCCUUACAUUGAAAUGAAGGAUUCGGAUGGUAGGGCAGAUGAGGAAGUUGCAUCUGAGUGUUGGAAAAAUCAUAUGGCUAGGAAUGAUUCAUUGAUUGUUGAUGUAUGCCAGGGUCAAUACAAGUCAACAUUGGUUUGUCCAGUUUGUGGAAAAAUUUCAAUAACUUUCGAUCCAUUCAUGUACUUAUCAUUGCCACUACCUUCUACUGUCACUCGCACAAUGACAGUAACUGUCUUUUAUUGUGAUGGGAGUCGCCUUCCCAUGCCAUACACAGUAACGGUUCUGAAGCAUGGUUCGUGUAGAGAUCUUUGCCAAGCAUUAGGUACUGCAUGUUGCUUGAAGAGUGAUGAAAUGCUUUUGCUUGCAGAAGUUUAUGAGCAUAAGAUUUAUCGAUACCUAGAGAAUCCUUUGGAAUCAUUGAAUUCAAUAAAGGAUGAUGAACACAUUGUGGCCUAUCGAAUCAAAAGUGGGGCCAGGAAAACAAAACUUGAAAUUAUGCAUCGUUGGGUGGAUAAUACGAAGGGCGGAGAAAGGAAGCUCUUCGGAACCCCCUUGGUCACGUAUUUGGUAGAAGAUCCUCAAUUUGGAGCCAACAUUGAGGCAUGUGUACAUAAAUUGUUGGCACCUUUAAGAAGAGCAUAUUCUUCAACUAAGUCUCAUGAUGGGAAGGAAAAUGGUUUCGUCUCAGCUGGCAGUGAUGAGCAAUCAAGCAUCUCCAAUACUCAUAGUGAAUCACAGGGUCUAUCAAUUGAAAGCAAAGAACAAGAGGGAACAUCAUGCGGGGAGUCAUCUUUCCAACUAGUUUUAACUAACGAAAAAUGUUUGACUUGUGAGCCCAUUGGGAGGGCUUCUUUUAUAAAACCCAGCCAACUUAUAAGAAUCUUUCUUGACUGGACUGACAAAGAAAAUGAAUUCUAUGAUUCUAGCUAUCUGAGGGAUCUCCCGGAAGUCCACAAAACUGGAUUCACUGUGAAAAAAACCAAGCAAGAAGCUAUUUCUUUGUUUUCUUGCUUGGAGGCAUUCUUGACUGAAGAACCUCUGGGACCAGAUGACAUGUGGUACUGCCCUAGAUGCAAGGAACACAGACAAGCUACAAAGAAGUUGGACUUGUGGAAGUUGCCCGAAAUUCUUGUUUUCCACUUAAAACGAUUUUCAUACAGUAGAUACCUGAAAAACAAACUAGACACUUUCGUGAAUUUUCCCAUUCACAAUCUUGAUUUAACAAAGUAUGUGAAAAGCAAAGAUGGACAGUCGUAUGUAUAUGACCUUUAUGCAAUCAGCAACCAUUAUGGUGGUUUGGGUGGUGGGCAUUACACUGCUUAUUGCAAGUUGAUCGAAGACAAUAAGUGGUGUCAUUUCGAUGACAGUCAUGUCACUCCUGUUACUGAAGCGGAAAUUAAAUCCUCUAAUGCAUACGUGUUAUUCUAUCAGAGAGUUAGAAGUAAAGGCCAGAUGGAAGGAGAGACAUCUCAGGUUCAUACAGUAUAG